AUGACACUCCAAUCCAAAAGACCAGGCACGUCCGAUUCAAACCGUACGCAAGUCCAAGAUCUUCCAAAGAGCGACAGUGGCGAUGUCCCUGGCGGUUCGAAGCACAAGUUAGAAAAGGCUCAACCGGGACAGCUCUCUAAGCCAAAAUUAGUGCCGUUCUCGCAUGGAUUCUGGUCGCCCGAAGUUGCGAUGCAGCGUCAAAUAUACAUGAAAGGUAUAGCGGCGACCGUCGUACUUCUCAUCUUCGUCAUGUGGAUAGCGGUACCCUUUUUCUUUGGCUCUUUGGCGCACCAACGUUCCUACUCCGACAAGCUCUCCUCCUGGUUUAUAAACAAAGACUAUUACUCGAACGGAACAAAGGGAGAAAUCGGCCUCUUUUUCCAGAAUGCUUUUGAGGAGAACAUAAGGUCGAAGACGAAGGCUAAGUUGGGAUGGAGUAUACCAAUCACCGGUGACCGGUGGGAAAAUCAAGAGAUCCAGAGAGGGGUUUUGGAGGAGAAAGUUUGGGUAGCCGUUGUUGUACAACCACUGGCUUCCCAGAACUUAACACUCGCCCGUCUAACAGGCGACAGUACAUACAAUUCCUCCGCCAUCAUAACAGUCUAUUACACCCAAGCUCGAAACGAACUUGCCUCUGCCAAUUUCAUCGUUCCUUAUACACAAUCAUUAUUGAUUUCCACUAUAACUCGGUUUGGGGCUGUGAGUGUUGGAGAAUUCCUUGGGAAUUAUGGUGCGAAUGGGACAAUGAUGGGAAAUGUUGCGAGAGCUCCACAAACAUUGAGUGCGAGCGUUGGGUUUACGAUGGUCAAUUUGAGACCUUAUAGUACUCCUGUUGCUUCGGCACUAACGCUCGUGGGGUCCAUUUUAGUCAUUGUCUUUGCCUUUACAAUCACCAUGGCAGGCUACGCUGCCCGUCAAGCAAUCGAACCGUACCUUAAAAUCAAAGAACUUCUUAUCUUGAGAAUUGCGGUUCCUACUUUAUGUUAUAUCCCUCUGUCUCUUGCUUAUUCGAUGGUUUCAUUGGCGUUUAAAGUCCCCUUUGGAGCGAAGUAUUCAUACGCGGGGGGCUACUUUUGUUUUUGGGCGAUCACUUAUUUGAGCAUGACGGCACUUGGACUUGGGACUGAAGCGAUGGUGACAUUGCUCACACAACGAUUCAUCACGUAUUUUUUGGUGGUAUACUCCUCCAGCUUAUCACUGAUAAACCCUUCACGGGGCAGUAACGUAGGUCAAGCAACCCGUACUCUCAUCUUCAACACCAAGAACCACUUGGGCCUUAAUGCCGCUGUACUCAUUGGUUGGAUCUUACUCUCCAUGUGUACCACCGUGCUUUUCCAAUACCUGGUGCGAAGAGUUGCCAUGAAGGAUCAUCUCCGUCUGAAUAUUGGGAGGAUGGUUGGAGAGGAGGUUGGCCCUGAGGGUAGUGAUACUGGGCCAGAAUCACUGCCCCUGUCCGAAGACGGGAAAGGACAGCAUCCGCCUAGAAUAGAAAAGACGAAAGAGAUUAUGGAUAGGGAGGCGAAGGAGUAA